GAUAGUCAUCCUAGAAAAUGAUCAGAGAUGAGGCCAAGGACUCGAUCCUAUGCAGAAUCAUUGAAAAGCUCCAGAAAAGUUCACUUUUCUCGGAGAUGAGAGCUGAUUUGCAGGUGACAUAAAUUUUGAAUGUAAAGGUGUACGUCUGAAAACAAUGCUGAAAUCUCUGUCACACUUACUGAAAACGUUAUGCAACAGACCAAAGUCUUUCCUUUUUCCCAUCAACGUUAAUUUAGAAGAGUUUGUUUGAAAUCCACAAUUGAGAUCAAGUAUCUUCGAAAUUUAAGUGCUGGUGGGACAAAAAUGACAGAGCGGAUUGUAGCUUUACAUUCGUAGUACCAUUCCACUUAAUAUACAGGUAAUCGGUCAUCUCGUCAUCAAACCAUCUCGCCACCAAGAAGUCGACUCCUCGCCAACCAACUCGCCACCAAGUAACUAGUAAUAGUUGACACUACAGCUACCUCCGCUCCCGUCAUGACUUGUUGAAACGCAGAACAUGCAGACUGCAGACUGCAGACUGCAGACUGUGCAGACUGAGUGUUAUUUUUUUACUUGUACCUUAAUUUUCUAGUAAAAUUUUUACUAUAGUUUCCUGCUUCCUCUCAUUAUGUGCACUGUGCAUCACCACCAUAUGUGCACUGAUGUGUACCUGCAAGUCCCUGCAAGGGUCAUCAGCAGGAAAUGAGAAAAUCACCGGCUCAUGUUUACCGGCAGAUGUAAAAGCAGUUUCGCUUGCUUUUAGCUGCGCCGCUUUCACACAGGAGCGAGCACGAUGGAGGAAGGUAAGCUGUUUCUUUCUGUAACUGUAUUAUAUUGCCACAAUUAUUUAUUUUUUUUGUAGAAGAAGCUUUUUCAGGUUAAGUGACUUAAAAUAAAACCCUUUUCGGCUUCCUACAACGGCUAAGAGAGAGACAUUUCCUCAAUUUCCUUGAUUGUUGAUGAUCGUCUUUGGUUUCACUCUGUAAUUCAAACCGGUGACUUGCCAUCAUUUCUUCAAAUCUUACAGAUACCGAUGUCAUCGUUGUUAGCUUGGGAUAUCAAACCGAGACGUUUGAGAGAUGGGCCUUGCUUUAAAAUGUGUAAAUAAAUCAACGGUAUAUCUACCUAAAAAUUAAUAUUCUGCUUUUCACAUGUUUGGCGGUUUCGUAAGCGUCAGAAUUAAGAGAAGAAGGGCAGCGACUUGAAACUUCUCACAGAUAAUAUUCAAUAAAAAUUUAAACCCCCUCCACACCCUUCGAGUUGUACAAAUAAUACAUUUGUUACUAAUGAACUAUUUAGUUUUGGAGCUGCAUAAACAAGAACCAUGAUAGUCGAACAAGAUUGUCGGUUUCCAACCACUUGCUGGCGUGAAUGCAUGGAGCAAAUACAAUGUCGAUCCUCAAGUGAAAACCCGCCCAGAAGGACACUCUUGAGAAUCGAAUAAAAAAAUACAUAAACAAAAGUCUUACCCGAAUCUUUCGAGCUAACAACGAUGACAUCGGUAUCUGUAAGAUUUGAAGAAAUGACGGCAAGUCACCGGUUUGAAUUACAGAGUGAAACCAAAGCGAUCAUCAAUCAAGGAAAUUGAGGAAAUGUCUUUCUCGUAGCCGUUGUAGGAAGCCGAAAAGGGUUUUAUUUUAAGUCACUUAACCUGAAAAAGCUUCUUCUACUAAAAAAAUUUAAAAAAUCGUGGCAGUAUAAUACAGUUACAGAAAGAAACAGCUUACCUUCCUCCAUCGUGCUUGCUCCUGCGGGAAACUAUAGUAAAAAUGUUUUAAAAACACUAGGUGACCAGCAGUCCCAUAUUCCGUAAAUUUCACAAAAUCGAAAGACUCUAGCUAAUCUAAAUUAUCAUAUGUUGAUUAAGACAAGUCAAGCGAUCCUGAAAUGCUUUAUAGAUCUCAAGUCUAGUGUUUGGUUUACGCUGGGCUCUAAAGAUGAAACGGUGUUUUGUGACACUUCGAACUUUUUUCAGCUCGACUGCCAGUCAAGGUUUUCAAAACACUAAAUGGCCGGCAGUCCAAUAUUCUCAGUAAGUUUCACAAAUAAAAAAAAAUCAGCCCUUCUGAACUACCGUAAGUCGUAAUCCUGAUCAAACCAGCCGGUUUUGUGGGAUUUCUAUAUUAUGUUUUUGUUGGUCUCGAGUCUUUGGAUGUUCAUUACUAUUUUCUAUCCCAAGCAUGGCGUGACAGGCGACGUUUGACCUCAUAACAUCUUGACCUUUCAUGCGGCCUCCGUGGAAAACGGGCAGGAAAAGUCUCUACACGUUAGUUCCCUUCUGGAGCUGAAAUACACUUCAACAUUAUCUUGUCGAUGUUAUGAUGAAACAAAAAAGCUUUUUUGUACAAGGUAAUCUUAACUUUGCGUUGAUGUAUAGAAAUAAUAUCGAGUUUUCAGUAUUUGUUCUUUGCCAUUGAGUGGACUGCGCAAUUUACUGAGAAUAUAGGACUGCUAGCCAUUUAGUGUUUUGAAAACCUUAACCAGUUACCGGCCAUAUAGCCACAGCGAAAAAGUUUUAAUAGAAAAUUAAGGUACAAGUAAAAAAAAAUAACACUCAGUCUGCACAGUCUGCACGGUCUGCACAAUCUGCAGUCUGCAGUCUGCAUGGUCUGCGUUUCAACAUGACCGCCCCCGCUCUGUAUAUUGUCGGUCAAUAGCAUUCUUGCUCGUUGUGUAGCUUUUUGAAAUAUACCGAUUCAUAAGGAAGAUUUCCACACAUAUUCCAUACAAUAGGUAAGAUAAAUACAGGAAACGCAAGGUUCCAUGCACAGUUUCAGGUCAAUUUACACAGCUUUGAUCAAAACAUUCUUGAGUUUCAAGAAUAGUUUAUUCUAAUGUAUUGGUCAAAUUGAAGCGUCAACAUCCCCCCGGGCAACCCCCUGGGCAUUUGAUGUUUUUGAAAAUUAUUGUUCAAAUUCCCCCCUACCUGGGCCAAAAUGCCGUUCAAAUGCCCCACACUAGGGUCCAUUCAGGUGAUCAAAUGCCCCCACCCCGGGGACAAUUCACAGGCACAAAAAUGACAGAAAGACGAUGGAAACGCCUUCAGUUGUCGAUCAAAAUCCUUGUAAAUAUAACAAAAUCUGAGAAACACUGUUAGCGUAUUUACUAUGAACAAAAGUCUCGUGCAAAGCGGGGGAAAUCGCUGCUACAAGGUCACUGAAUGCUCAGCUUUUCUUCGUCAUGCAACAUACAAAACGCUCUAUAAAAAAAGAUCCCACCUAUUGAGAUUACUGCAUCAUGACCAUUUCACUGACAUGCAUCAUCGCUCACCUUAUUAAUUAACGUAUCUGCAGUAGGUCAAAGUAGUUGACCGUUUUAUUUUAUUUUAUUUUAUUUUAUUUUAUGUUGUUGUAUUGAAUCGCCGGUAUAGGUAUUGUACUUCAUUGUAAACACAACAAUAAAACACAUUCAUACAUUCAAAGCCUGAAUCCAAUAUUAAAAAUUUUAAGAUUUAAAUACUUCAAAUACGGCACAAAGCUUGUUUAAGCCCUUUCCUCAUAACCAAUUGGCCACAAAGGCACAAUCUUUUCCAUGAAAAUCCUCUAACACCACGUCCCCCAUGAUAGCUCGCCACGCCAAAGAGUUUACAUGUAAUCGAGGUGCAGUUCAAAUUCCCAACCCCUAAAGCAUGGGAAUCAAAUUCCCCACCCCCUGGAAGACUCUGAUAAUCAAAUUCCCUCCUCCCCGGGACAGCAAAGGUGUUUAAUGCCUGGGGUAUGCCCGGGGGAGGGGGGGGAGGGGCAUGUUGAAGCUUCUAUUUGACUGAUACAUAAACCAUAAAAAAAGAUUUAAUUAGAAGUUGAAUUUUUUGCUACUUCUGUUUCACUUUUUACAUUCAGUUCAUCUUAUUUGCGGGAAAGGAAGCCUUAGAAAGUAAAAGGACGUUUGAUCAAUUCACACUCGCACAUUCUAGUCUUAUUUUAAACUUUAUAGAGGAAGGACAUCUGUGAGCAGGGAAUAAGUCAGCACAGAGUUUGAUUGUCGGCGAAUUUCUGUAAUUGUCCAUCGUUCUGCUAGUGAGAAACUAAGCGUUGUUCACUCGUCUUGCUUGUUUGGGGCUGAGUCUUAUUCCGGUCAAAGAGAGAGAAAGAGUAUCUGGCAAGGUUUCCAAUGAAAGAUUUGUGAACUCGUGUCUGGCAAACUCUCCAAGUGUUUAUAUAUACACAGUUAUACGCACCUUAUAACUUCUUCUGCGCUUAACGAGUGUUGUUAAAAUUUUGGUCCAUAACUUUCACUGAAACAACUGCUCCACAGAAUGUCACUGAUAACACGUAAAGCAAAAAAGUGUCAAAGUAUGACUGCACAAUAAGUGUCACAAAAUCUACCUAAGCGGUCCCUUGGGGAUGGUCUGUCUUUACGUCAUCCUAACCAUUUCAUACUUGUGGGCACAAACAAUGAAAACGUCAUCAUUACCUACCAAUCCCUCGCGGCCCCUGUUCAAGCAAAUCAAUAUUUUUUCUAUAUUGACUGUAUGACUGUAUAUUUCAACUGUAAGUACUUUCCUUAAUAUACGCGCAAGUUACUAGAGUGCCUCCUCGGGAUUUCGCCUUCUGCAAAAGCUAUUUUUAAUAACGCACUUUUAAAGGCGUUAAUGCAAAAAAUGUGUGUGCGUUUUGCAUGUGUUUUGGAUGCUUUUCUAGCUCUGAGGUGUACUGUACAAGAUGCAUAGUUAUUAAUAUAAUGUUGCUGCAUCUCUUGAACCACACCUCUAAUUUUAUAGGGGCAUAGCUAACAAAAAUGAGUAGAAAGACAAAGUAAGGGAAACCAAAAGAAUGUUGAACUUCCAUUUAUAUUGACAUCAUGUUUGUCCAUUUUUUGAAGAGAGAGGUUUCAAAGCCUCAUAUUCAUGUUACAGACAUGAAAAAGAGUAUACAGACCUACUUAAGGGAUUCUGGAUGGGAGAUGAAGGUGCAGAAUGCUGUGUAUGCUCAGUUAAAGAGGUCAGUAUUGAUUUUUGGUUUUCAUCAGCACCAAAGUGACAUCCUCAAUUAAGCUAAAAAUUUAAAAGCUAUUAUAAAAAAAAUAUUUUUCAACUAAAAGACACCUACAUUGCAUCCUGCGAGCAGAGCCUCCAUUUGUCAUCUUGAGUAAGGAGGAGACAAGGAGGCUGUGCCUGAAUCAUGUAAAGCCUUUGAGGUUGCCGCAGUGCAAACAUCUGGACAAUAGUCAAUCUUGUUUUCUCUUGUUAAACUGCUUUUUUUGGGUGUAAGCAUCUGUUCAUUGAUAAACCGAUAGUCAUAACUGAGCCCACUGUAGCAAGGGCAUGGCUACUAAGCUUGGGUUCAAAACUAUAUCCUAGAAAUAUGAUGGGCAUGCUCAACAAAGAUCUUACUCAAUUCAUGGUGAGUCCUUUUUGAAUUCGCCAAAAUUGAGCAAGCGAAAGAAAAGCUCUGCUGGCAGGGUGCCUAUGAAGUUCAGUAAUGCUGCAACAAAGAUUAGUUGGCAAUAAAACAGUGUUAUAUUUGUCGCCAGUAGAACGUCAGUCUGCAUAGUACUGAUGGGUAAUUAUAACCAAAUGUGUUUUUGGUACAGUGGAUUUUCUUGGAGCAAUCUGCAUUAGGUCUCCUGUGUGAAAGCAAAGUUGUAAAUUUUAAGCCUGUACAUGUGUACACUGUAUAUACAGUCAACUCUCUCUAAGAUGGACACCUUUGGGACCGGCACUAAGUGUCCAUCUUAAAGAGGUGUCUGUCUUAUAGUGAGUCAAAUAAAGGGAGUAAAGAAAGGCAGGGACCAACUUUAAGUGUCUGUUUUACAGAGGUGUCCAUUAAGAGAGAGUUGACUGUAGUACACUGUCAGACUAACGGUAAGGUUCAGUAUAGUGACUUGGAAUAACAAAGAUGUGAUGAUGGGUUGUAAUAAUUUCAUUUCCAAGCCCCUGACAUCACUGAGUGUUACAUCUGUCUAUAUUGAAGAUGCAGUCUGGUGAAUGUUGUACGACAGAGAUAGUACUGAUGUGUGCUCGAUCACAAACUUUCAAAUGAUUACACAAUUACAAAACCAAGGAGUUAUUUCAGAAUGUCAAUCAUGUGCCUGUAAAAUACAAUCCUUUCUUUGUUUUAAUAGAAACUUGUUGAUCACAUAACAUACUUCUUCCUUUUGCUUAACGAUAAUUUGAAAACCAAAAAUAAUAACAAUAAGAGAAAUUACUAGCCCUUAAACUAUUUGCUACAAAGUGUCAAUCAAUGUCUCUGAGCAUAGAUCAAUGUCAAUCAAAGAAAAAUCAAUAAACACAUCAAUAGAUGACAAGUCCAGUUUUAAUUUAGCUUUGAAACGACCGUUUGUUAUGGCCCUUAAUUAGACAUAGUCCUUCAGAUAUGCAGGCUUUCUGGUAGCUCUCUUGGGCCUUAAUGACACUGCAAUAGGCAUUUCACUGAGCAGCCUCACUUCCCAUGAUGGAUGAAUGCCUGGAGGAAGUAGAGCACAGCACUCAUGAAGAUUAAUGAGGUUAAAACACACUGACGUGACAAUACCACCAGCUAUUCAAGCUAGCAGUCUGUAACUUAAAGUUAUUGUCUUAUCUUGCAUACUUUAAUUAAUAAGUAGCCCACUCUUUCUGAUCUCAAAUGUUCUUAUACAGGCCAAUCCUCACUCUUGUCUUCCAAGACUGGUCUAUUGGUUUGAGUUGAUUCUUUAACCCAGACUUCUGUACAACACCACAAAUAUGUACCCCCUGGAACAUGUAGAACUUAAUUUAGUUUUGAUUUCAUGUUGUCUAAAUAUUAAUGUCCUGUCUGAAUCCUCAAAUCAAAGCACACAGUUAGUUUGCGGCUAUUCUCAUGUGCACCAUAAUUAGUGAAUUGAAUUACCCGUAGCCAGUUGUUAUACUAGUAGUUAAGUUCCAGGUUUAAUCUCUUUUUAGUUUGUCAGAUGUAUUAUCCAUGCCAGAAACUUUACAGAGCCAAGUGAAGGAACCAUUAGCAUUCAUACGCAAGGCACAGGUUCAGUAAUAAUCAUACACUGUAUGUGUAGCCCAUGAGGGAAACAAAAUUGGGGUUAAUAUACUUUAUGGAGUACAACACAGAAUCCCCCAAGCAUUAAUUGUACAGUGUAGAAUUAAGAGAAUUUGGACGUGAAAAGGUUACAUAAAAAUUAUGCAGACCUACUAUGUAUCUGCAUGAGGUCUCUUUCCCCUAAACAUUAUUUUUGUGUACUGAUGCCCACCCACCGAUCAAGAAAAUAGCCUGUCUCUUCUCAAAAGUGUACAUGUAUAAUGUAAUCUUUUUGAUCUGAAAUGAAGCUUGUCAGACUGUGCAAGUCUUGUUUGAUCUGACUUGAUUUUGCUGCAUUUUGUUCCUAGAUGAACUGGGAGAAGAGGAUAGUUAAGAGCAUCAACAGUAUGUGUACUGAGUUAUCGCUUCCACUGGCAAGAAAAGUAGGUUUAAAAUGUGUAAUCUUGUUACUAUCCUUGCAUAAUAUCACACCCAUGAUCAAUGUAAUUGAGAAAGAGAGAAAUACUUGUGCUCAUGAGUGAAACCCCAAGUAAUCAAGCACCAACUUAAGGGACGUCUGCCAAAACAUGACUGAAUCAACACUUACACAAUGUACAAUGUAUCAACACUUAUGCAUGUUUAUAAACAGGACAACUCAGUAUUAUUGUAAGUUAUUAUUAUUUAUACUACAAGCACAGUCACUUAUUUUGGGUCCAACAAAGGUUUACUAAAUAGUACAGUGCAAUACAUAAGCCGGGGCCUCAACCCCCUUUCCUGGCCUUGCACUGGGUUUACAUGUAAGUUUGGCAAAUAAAGUUGGGUUGGAGGCCCCUGGGUUUGGCCCCUCCCCUAGAUCUGCUUUUACUGUGACUGUAAAUGCCUGUUAUACAUGUAGAUGGUUCUUUCUUUUGAUGUUCAGAGAACAUCUUCAGAUCAGGCCCACAUGUCUUCAAAGUUUGAAACUUUGGGAGGAGAACUGGAUGAAAAACGUAAGUUUUGUGUUGUCUCAGUUGUUCUUAAAAGGAAAUUUUAAAGCUCACCUGGAUUUCACAGGACUCAGAGAAAAGGGGCAGCCAUUUUGACCCCGCUUAUCCAUACAAAGAAAAUAUUAUUAUGUUUACCGUAACUAUCAAGGAUAAUUAUUAAAAAAAUCAACUUGAGUGCAUUUUUAAAUCUUUUAGCCACUUUUAAGCGCAAUCACUGCACACAAUAGUUAUGUGUGCUACACCCUUACUAUUAACAUUCAAUAGAAGAGAUCUGUACAAUAUCUAUGGAGUGAAUACAUUUUAUGGAGCUUGGAAAAAAUGUGAAGUGCAGCUAAUAGAGUACCGAAGUGAUGACGUCAUAAAAAUGAAAUUUGUGAAAUUAUGGGAUUUGUUAAGCUAUUCUGAAAGAACAACGUCCAAGAAUUAGCAAUUCGGGGCAAAUUGUCUCUGAGAUAUUAGCCCAGUUAUGCUCCGAUGACUCCAUACAAAUCCUUCUAAAUUUGGCUUGGUUCAUAAGAUUAGGAACCAGGUAAGAUUUAGAAGGAUUUGUAUGGAGUCAUCGGAGCAUAACUGGGCUAAUAUCUCAGAGACAAUUUGCCCCAAAUUGCUAAUUUUUGGCGAGUAGGCGUCUUGGACGUUGUUCUUUCAGAAUAGCUUAACACAGGGCUCGAACUUGACGCUGGUCUACUAGCCAAAUACCAGUAGAUUUUGAUUUUUGGCUAGUGGAUUUAGCUCAUUUACUAGCCAUCUUGGCUAGUUAAUUUUCGCACCUGUAAACAACAUAAGCCUUGAAAUGUUUUCAACAUUUUCCCAGUUGAUCCGCACCUUCUAGUAACCUCUUAUUUCAUUCCCCAUUAACAACUGGCAUGAAUAAAAGAAAGAAUAAUAUUUGUUAAUUCGGUUUCCAGUUUCGCGUUUAUUCGCUGCCAUCUUGAAAUUUUGUUUGACCAGGGAGCAUGGGCCAGGCCGUACCCAUGAUGCAAAGCUAGCCAAAAAACAAAUGUACACCAUCUUGAAAUGCAAAUCUACAAUCACAGUCCACGCAUGAUUGUCAUGGAUAUUAGGGCAUUUCUAUUGUCAAAUAAAACAACUAAAGGUCUAAAGAGAGCAAGCGAUGAUUCUUCUGGAGGCAGCACGUCUACAUGUAAAUCUUCAUCAAAACGAAAAUUUGUACGGACCUGGCUGAAAUACUUUCCAUGGCUUACAAACGAUGUACAUACAAGACAAGAUGCAUUUAAAUUUUUCUUAUAUUGCAGUUUUUAUUAACGUUUGAUAACCACAGGAUUUUUGACAUUUUUUUUUAAUCUUAUGCUGUACAGAAGUGCCUAGACUACUAGAAACACGUUUAUGGCUAGUAAAGCCCGAGCAUGUAGUAGCCAUUUGACUAUUAAGUUCAAAAGUUAAGUUCGAGCCCUGUUAACAAAUCCCAUAAUUUCACAAAUUUCAUUUUUUAUGACGUCACACUUCGGUACUCUAUUUUAUCUUUACAACACUUUACAAUAUGAUCAUGAUGUUGACAAUAAUGUCUUUUUUUUUCUUGUUUUUUGUUUUUUAGAAAUGGAAAAAAUCAAGCCAGUGUAUGCUCCAAAAGAUUUUUUUGAGGUACAUAUAAUUAUUGCUGAAACCACUUACGAACAAAGAACAGGGUUCACACAGUCUUGAAAAGUCCUUGAAUUCCAUUUUCCUUGAAAAUUCCUUAAAUUGCAGGGCAAGUCCUUGAAAAGUCCUUGAAUUUUCUUCGACUUUGGAUAUAGUGACCUGGAAAGUGUUUUUUUUUAAUUUUUUUUAAUGCUUUUUGGUUGUCCAAGACAAUCUAAAUCAUAACUCUUAGAGAAGUUAUUAUUGUUUUUAUAACAAUAAUUUGCAUAAUGGCACUGACAAUAAUAAAAUAAGAUAUUUUUAAACUAGAUGAAUUUAAAACUUUUCUCUGCUGUUUAUACAAAACAGACGGUAAAACAGAAACUCCAAAAAAGGCAGGGCCAGAAGGGUAGUUAAAGCUCAUCUACCUCCUGGGAUUCUGAGGAUAUCAGGGGGGUGCAGGGGAGUGGUCAUGGGCUAUGGUAAAGAAUAUUGGUAGCCUGAGUAUCGGGCAUUUCUUGAGGAAAAGGGGAAAGAUAGAAGCGAAAAAGGUAGAGAGCUUCUCCCCCUCCCCCCUCCCCAAUCUAAAAUCUCCUCUCCCCUAGCCCCUUAGGAAGGCCUGAUACUCAGGUUAGAAUAUUGAUUAAUUUUUCUUUACCUUUCAUUUGCAGGCCCUCAUCACUAUAGAAAACCCAGGUUUCACCCCACUGCGAAAGACUCCAAGGUACACUCCAAUUUAGUAUCUACACUCUACAUAUCAUAGACAGUCUUGAUUUGGAAGAAUAUAUGGACACCUGUGUGGAUAGUCAUUUAAUUGCAUGAACCAGGCAAACUAGGAACUAUAAUGGAAGGUUUUUUUUUUCAAGUUUAAAUGUACUACCCUUUUAUUAAAUUGUUUAGCCAGGUGAACAUUUACACGUAAGGUAUGUUACCUAUAAUAUGGGUGUCUAGCAUUUUGGACAAAUUGUUGUUAAAUUGUGUGAUCUUCUUAUUAAAGCCGCCGCUGAGUUCUAUGCUGUAUUUGCUUUUUUUUCUGUGUUACGUUGGUACUUUCUUCACCAUGUCUGUAACUUCUGCAAGUAAGCUCUUUCCUUUUAAGGAAAUUCAUGAGACUAGUAAGUUCAAAUAUCUAAUCAAAUGUUCUUAAAGCAUAGGCCCGAAAGAAACAUCCUAGAGAUUCUGACACUGUCAAUGACUGACAGCUAUCUUUAUCAAAACUAGCGCCUUCAGAAGCCUAUUUAUGGCUACUGACACCAGUGACGUUUUUAGUUUUGAUGAAGAUGGCUGUCAUUCAUCACAACUGUCAGCAUCAUAAGGAUUUUUCUUUCAGGCUAUUCUUUAAGAACAUUUAAAUAGAAGCUCUUUCCUUGUUUUGCACUCUGACCUACAUGAAGGGUUGAUUUUAAAAUCUCUACAGCUCUAUCAAAGGCUGGGGUUUAAUCAAAGUUCACUUGCACACAAAGUCACUCCAAGAACUGGUAAGUUACUUUCUGAUUUUUGCAUGCAAGGGAGCAAUAAUGACUGUUUGAUGGUAAUAGUAGACUGUCAGGAGUGAUGCUAAAGAUUAUUGCUUGGGUAAACAGGCAUGUUUUACGAUUGAGCCACUCCGUGUUUAAACGUCCGGGGCGCUUUUCGUUAUUUUUAGUGCGAUUUCUUUUGUCAUUCAGGGGCAAAAUGGGUAAGGAUGUAUAAAAGUUUAUAGUUACAUGUAGUUUGCAUCGCUGUCGUUAUCAGAGUGUGAGAGUACUUUUUGGAGGUGGAGCUACAGUGCUCAAAAUAAUGGCCAGCCAGAUUGGCAGGCUAGAAGCUUCACUCGCCAGUCAUGUUGAUCUGUCACGCAGACUCUUAUUCUUGAAUAAGCAGUCAAAUCCGCACCUGUAAAUCUGUAAAUUUUGUCUCUUGGUAAAAAAAAAAUACAAUCACGUUCACUAACAGAAAGUUACCCAAGGAUUAGUUCAAUUUUUCUCCAAUUUUGACCGGUCAGAGACUUGACGAAGUAAAAAUUUCUUUGCCAGGUCAUCGUGUCUGGCCACACUGUCUGAAAACUAUUUUGAGCCCUGGGCUACCGCAGAAAGUGAGUUGGUGAAGCUGUAAGGGAUCUUUGCACCCCAUUCUUCUUGCAGAUUUACAGUAUACAUGUAAAAGACAAUACAAAAACAUUCGUGAAAUACUCACGUAUGUUACGAGGGUUUGACAUUCUCAUUAGCCUGUUGUAGGCGUCCAGAUACUGGGCAGGGCGCAAAGAGAAUUGAGCAGCAAAACACGGCAAAGGGUAUAGAAAGAACAUGUUUUUGCCAGUCUUUUAUUUGUACCCAUGGAACAGGCAACUGUCUCAGUUUUAAAUUAAAUAAACUUUUUUUUUUCGUACGAUGUCUUUGUGAAGUCACCUGAUAAAAGCGUGUUUUCUGUGUCGUCCUUUUUUUAAGUCUGUAUGUUGAAAGUAAAAUCCUUUCUUAAGUGAAACCAGUUUUAAACCUGUUUGGGUUAGCUUUUUGCUCUGGUACCAAGCCUGCAGCCUGGUAGCAGGUUAGACACAGGUUUAACUUGAAAAACGGAUUUGGCUUCAGCAGGUAUAUUUUACUUUCACAAAUGUCUGGUUAUGCCGUGAAGCCGUAUAUGAUAUGCAUCAUAAUCAUGUGGAAUGUUGUUGAUAUGUAUCUACUUACUCGUACAAAUAGAGAGUAGCGUAUAAAGAACUGGAUGCAGGAAACUCGCACAGCGGCGUGGAUGAUGCUUUGAUUGAGAGCUACUCUGUGGGUUAGUUGAAUUUAAUAGUAUUUUCAACCCUGUGUCUCGUAAGAACCUCAUUAUACGAGCCUUGAAGCGAACAGUGGGAAAAACUUGAGAAUUUCUCAAGAAUAUAGCUCAGGCUGGGAUUCAUCCAAUUAUAAUGGUAUUCCAUCAGUCGAAACAUGAGUUUAUGAGUGGAAAUUAUCAUAGGGAAUGCAGUAAAUGUUUAGGUAAACAAUAGUAUACUUGGAGCUACGUACACUGUACAUGUAUUUCGUAAUUCCCUCUAUUCAACGCAUUUUUUGGUCAGGUAUACAGUUUAUACGUAUAAUAUUAAAUGAAAGCAUUAAACAUGUAAUCUGAGGACAAUUGAGAAACAUUUUGAGAUUCAAAUCGUCGUUAAAAACAAUAAGAACUUUUAGUAGUGAAAGAGUGUCUAUAUGAACCAUGUAAAAUCCCGCCCACAAGCGUGCGUGUUUGAUAACGCGUACAGUUUUAAGCGUUUGUGGCACUAGCCUAUUUAGAAGAUUUUUGCAGUGCCGGAAUGUGUUACAAUCUUGUUAAAGCGACAAUUUUAACUCAUCAACUCGACUCAAUUUUACACAGAUUCUUUUCCAUCUGAGUGGAGCAAGCUGGGACGUAAAGGUAAGCUUACUAGUGGAUGUCAAAUUCAAAGCGACCAAUCUUGAACAUUAAUUUUAAGAAACCCAGAAAAACUAUCCUGAGUUCUUCUGCAAUGUACAUGUAUACAGAUGUAUAUCACAUCGUUCUCGUGACGACCUCUGAUGAGCCUCGCAAAGCAGUUAACUCGUCAGCCGUUUCCUUAUAAUAAAUGCGCGGCGAAUUUUUCAAGAUCCUCCUCGCGAAAGCGUGAGAAGAACAUCAAACAUGUUUGAUGCUAUGUUUACAGUCUUGCGGAAAUUUACUGUGUAUGUACGGAAAUGGCUGAGCUAACGAGCCUCGUGAGCCGUUUAGCUCCUCACAUGAACUGCGAAUUGAAUUGAAUUGAAUUUUAAUUUCAAUGGAACGACGAUGUAUAUGUUAGCCCAUGACUGGCAAACUCGUUUUGAAGCUCUGAACAUUCAUGACUGUUCUUCUAAGGCCUAGGCAAAACCUCGAACUUUUCAUGGGACGAACCAAACUUUGAGAGUUAAAAAAAAUUACGACGUCGAAAAAGUAUCGACUGCAACUUCGCAUACCUCUUUCCAACGUCCUAGGGCAAAAUUGACAGAAAUCCCUCGUGUCUAUUUUCUAUUUCCGCAGCGAUUCAGCAUGGGAGCUCCUUAGUUGCAAGACAGUAUGCUAAAUAUGGCUGCCCUGCAGGACUAAGGGGGGAAGUGUGGAAGCUCAUCUUAGGCCUUGAAGUAGAUGACCUGGUAUGUAGAUACUUUUUCACGCGUUGUUUGUAUCUUAGACAAGGGGGAGAUGAGAAGUCACGUUUACAACAAACGGCAUAUGUGAAUUUGUACAACGUAACCGAGGCCCUGCGAUCUUCCUGGCCUCUGUUCGCAGGGUACGUUUAGUGUUGAUUGGAUCUACAUGAAUAUUUGGAAGUUUUAUGCCAGGUUCAUCAGUAAGAAUGGUUUUGGAAAGUUUUUAACCCUCUCGUUUCCAAAUUUGAGAAAUUGUCAACUUGAAUAUGACGUUUGCCGUUUACCGUAAACUUGAUCUUUCUUGUGUUUCGUACAGUCGUGUGCAAUUUCGACAUCACCGUCGCGAGACAUGUUCGAUACAAGAGACGCUGCUUAGUCUUUCAACAAAUACGCUGCACAUAUUAUACCAUGCAGUAACAGUUACUAAAACUGGAACUGGAUUCAGUCCAGUUCGUCCACUAAACGCUUUCUGGAACAAAAUGCUGCCUGUUCAUCUCAUGGGGUUUAACACUGACAACGUUUUUGUGCAACGCAAGUUCAUAAUUAACUUUUACAUGAAACUAAAGCUGUCAAGUUCAAAAAGUCUCUGGAGAGCCUAUCACCCGCCUCCUGACUGUCUGAGAUGUGAUUGGCAGGGUGAUAAAAAAGUAAGUUUGCGCUUUCCGAAGCUACUAUCCUAUCCUAUCCUUUCUCCUUUCCCAUUCGUUCCUACUUUAUCCUUCUCUUUUCUACACUUUGCUAUCAUACCCUGCUGACCUUGGCCUUCCCUACCCGAUCCUAUCUUACCCAUCCCAUCCCUUUCCAUCCCAUCCCAUCCUAUCCCAUCCCAUCCCAUCCACCUAUUGUAUCCUAAAUUUCCCCCUUGAGACAUGUCACCAAGUGUUUUUAUAUUUUUGCAGGAUCUGUUGUAUUUUCAGCAGCUAAAGCAGUAUGUUGUGGAGUAUGACAUGCUGGUGGAUAGUCUCAUUACAAAGGUUACAUAAUUUCUUGUUUUGCAUCCCUUUACCUAUUUUAUGAGGCGCUCUAGCAAAGGAGUUAUCAUCCACUUAUUACGUUUUUCCUUCAACUCAAAACUCAGCACUUAAAAAAAGUGCGCUGAUACAGUUAAUGCACAGGCACGAAAACCAUAUUGGAUAUAGGGCAUCUGUUCACACAUGUGAAUGGUUUAUCGGUGCGGUUUCUGUAUUGGAACGAAGCUGCGCCGCGGCAGUUGUCCGAGCCUGCGAAAACAUCCGUUUCUCCUCGCUCUUCGUUGCUGGGGACGUUUCGCGCGGAAGAACGUCUGCGAUUCAGAGACAGAAAUUCCAUACUGAUGAUGUAAAAUCUUUCCGGAAUCCGGUCAGAAGCGCUGAUUGGUCGACGGAGCAGUUACAUUGUUUUAGCUAUUGUUUACGAAUGACAGACAAAAGACAAAAGGCCACAAUGGUCAAUUGUAAACGCGAAGAAUCUCUAACAAAACAGUCAAUAUUUCUGGAAUAUAGUCUUCUCUAGAAGAAGCAUUUGAGUUUUGCUGGAGCUCGUCGGCAGAUGAACACAACACUUCACCAAAAUCGACCAGAAGACACGCACAAUUGGACAAGGUUAUAUUUGGAACCCCAUGACUACCGGAUUUAUUAAGUAAACAUUGAUUUGCGUCAUCAGUAUGGAAUUCUUGUCGCUGAGUCGCAGGCUUUCCUCCGCGCGAAAUGUCCCCAGCGGCGAAGAGCGAGGAGAAACGGAUGUUUUCGCAGGCUACAGUUGUCCCUUUCGUAAACGGUUGCUGCCAUUUGUAAGUCACUUAGAAAAUUUUUGAUCUGUUAUUGAGAGUGUUUCUAUCAAAAAGAAAGAAGAUUGCAACCCAGGGUCGAAACCGGGCCUUUCGUAUCCUAAUCUCUCUCCCUUACUACUACACUACAACACCGAGCCGGCAAAAUUAACAAAAAUUUUCAUUACAUUCACUAGCAAACUGUCUUUCUUAAUUAAUACUUCAAUAACAGGUGACCCGAGUCCUCUCCAUUACUUUUAACGUCAAUUCAACUCAGGUCUCAACGUCGUUCUCACUAUUCAAAAACGUACAAUUUGCCUUAUUGUAACUUAUUGUAAAGUAUUAAAAAUGGCAACGACCGUUUACGGAAGAAAAAGUGGAUGGUCACACUGGAUAAACCGCAGCAGGAUGAGCGCUUAACUGCAUAGCGGGAGGUCGCGGGCUCGAUUCCCGGGGCCGGAUCAAUACUUUGGGUCUUAGAAUAACUGAGAAAUGAAGGUAAUCCCUUUGCUCUGCAAGCGGCUAGACUUUCGCGUGGGUCAGAGGACCACCAGUAAAAUGUGGUAUUGUCUCCAGUAGAAGACGUAAAAAUAAUAUCCCCAAUUAGUACUUUCGUGCUAAAUAUAUCGACACUCAAAUAAAGUGUAUUUUGUGGCGCAUUGUGCGCAGGUGUUGUUAUUAUAAGUAAAACUGGAUAGCACUUCAUUUUGAAAUGAAAACCUAUCCGGUAUAACGUAGACGCAGCGUUAGGCUCUUGUUGCGUGACGCGUAAAUAUGUACAUUCAACCAGUGGAAGAAUGUAAUCACCACGUUUACACUUGUCGAUCUGAUUCUGAAAACUAGUCUCCUAUGUAUGGUUCUCACACGCAGCGUACCGAAAGAAUGAAUGAAUAGUGUUUCUUAGCUCUUGCCUGUUCCUUUAGGCUACUAUGACAACCGUUUCGUUGCAUUUAUAACGUACUUCAACAAAACAUGACAUUGAAACUAUAGCUGGUGAUCUGUUUCGUUUUCUAUCUCAUUUCAGGACAUCAAGCUGACUUCUUCCAACGAUGAUGACUACUUUGUUUUUGAAGACGUCCUUUGCCAGGUAAGGCCUGUUGAAGAAAGAAAGAAGAAAUGAAAAAGUGAAAGAAAGUCUUAGGUCUUAGACGAGGGCGGUCUUAGCAAAUCCUUUAACUUAAGACAUAGCAAAUAAUCAGUUAACAACUACUUUGUCUCGUAGGCUCUUCUUGUUUUCAGUCGUGAUACUUUCAUACUCCAACAUUUUGAACAGUCCAGCGCAACGCCUCCAAAGUCUUACAUUCGAGGUAAGAUGUUUUGGUGUUUUACCAAACUUUAACAAGUUUCAAGUUAUUUUAAAUCUCUCUAUUUCAACUGAUCUUCACAGACAUCCGACUUCGGAGCUUAAGGAAACUACGACUUUAACGCCAAGUAGAAUUAGUUAACAAUUAAUGAAUGAGGCUGAGUAUCUUAUGAAGAAUUAUGGAGAUCGAGGAGGGUGUUAUCUGUCGAGGCCGUAGGCCGGGGCGGAUAACACCCUCCGAAUUCAAUAAUUGUUUUAUUAUUCAUUCAAAAUGAUUCCCAGUUUAAAAACAUGGCUAAAACAUGCUUACCUCCAUCGAUCAGAUCGAUGUUAAGUUCAUCUUCGAUAGUGCAUGUUUAGGGUUGUUCUUAUGAAGAAUUAUGGAGAUCGAGGAGGGUGUUAUCUGUCGAGGCCGUAGGCCGAGGCGGAUAACACCCUCCGAAUUCAAUAAUUGUUUUAUUAUUCAUUCAAAAUAAUUCCCAGUUUAAAAACAUGGCUAAAACAUGCUUACCUCCAUCGAUCAGAUCGAUGUUAAGUUCAUCUUCGAUAGUGCAUGUUUAGGGUUCAACUCCGCAAAUAUUCUCCAAAUAGCAGAUGUCGCCCUUCGAGUUGUCUUCUUGCUGUUCUUGUCAUGUUUUUAGCUAUUAUUUCGCCUAGUUGUUACUCUUGGAACUAGUGAAAUGUCCGCCAUUUUUGUUUUCACAACCAAAACAACUCAACCUCGUUCCCAGGUCUAAUCGGUUAACGGUGCAUUAACCUGCAAGAAGGCAGCACUUUUGACGUCGUGGGUUCAUUAAACGCAAAAUUCUUCCAAAUUUGGUCAUCAGUAGCUGGUUAUGAUGAAUUAUGCGUGUGCUUUUAGCCAAUCAGAAUCGGGGAAAUAUUUGGAAUGAAUAAUAAUAUCCCUUACAUAACAACUCUCGAUGUUCGCCAUAGAGUUAUCUCGGGCGGAUCAGAGGUGAACUGGUUAAACUAGAAAAGAAAUCGGCCAUGAAAAAUGACCCUAACCUGUUAAUACGGCUUUUACGGUAAUAGAGCCAACCCACUAUGGCCCGCUGGUGACUGCAUUAUCAGGUUUCAUAUGUAGUCUGUUAGACUGUUCACAGUCCCUUGUUUUUUCGUAAGAUCGUCGAGAAUGAGCGCUAGCCAUCUUGACCGAGUGUAGCUUAAAGAUGACUACAGUGCCUACUUAGGGAGGUGGUGGACGGUUUUGGGGGAAUUUUUCUCGCCUCCCUUCCCCCGCUAUAAACCCCGACGCCCGCCCCUUCGCUACAUUUGAAACCUAUUACAAAAAGGGUGCCAGUGAAAUGUGAACAGUCUAGUAGUCUGUGGUAAUGCCACAAGCCAUUUGGGGAGUGAAGAGCUAGUCACGUGGCUGGUGUCUGGUGUCAGUAUAAAUCACCGACCAAUCACCCAGGUCAGCAUGCGGCCCUCACUUCAUUUAUUUCCUUUUUUUGCGUUCGUUGUAGGAAAACUUGGUGUUCAAGACUAUGCCGUAGUUUAUCCCCCAAAUGGUAAGGCGAAGUAAUCAAUGGCUACAUGCAAAGUCAAUAUAAAAUUACUGAAUUGUGAAACAUUUUUAGAAUUUAAAAUCCAAAGCUAAAGCCGGGAGCUGGUUGCGACAUUUCAGCUUUAUGUAUUUCACUUUUUACCAUCCGGUGUUUCGUUUGUCGUCUAACGCAAACCACGGACGUCAAACGUGACGUUGAAGUUAGUGGUAUGUUAUAUCAGUGAGGUUGAAGUUUGUUGACAUUCACGGAAAAAUGUAAUCUGGUGAUGAAUGUCUAUACAGCUUCCUCAUAACCGCGUUUGUAGCUAGUCAUUGGCAAACUUCAGAUUUUUGGGAUUGUGACAAUAGCGCGGAGUAAUUUACGGUUAAUGUAGCCUGCGUUACAGGUUCAUGAGAAGUAGGGGGGCCCACGACAUAGGAGAACACAUGCGAGGAGAGAGGGUGUAGCGCUCACUCUAGAGAUCCAUAAAAAUCGUUUCUCACCUACUUAUCGUUCACACGUACGCGUACCGCCACACAUUUCAUAUUCUCCAGGCUCCGACUUUUGAGGUUUGCAGGUAUUGUUUUAUAAAAGAACGCACAGGUUUGGUUAAAUUUUGUUUUUUUUUUCUUUUGAAUCAGGUAUUAUACCAUUUCAUGGGUUUUCUUUGUACGGUAAGUUCUUGCUCCUUUCUCCUUUUUCUUCAAAUGAACGCAUUACGACAGUUCUGUUUCACAGAUCACCUUUAUUUCUUUUUUUUGUUUUAGCUUCUCCGCUUGGUUAUAUUUGUGCUGAUGCGCCCCAGCUCUACUUUCUCUUCCGACAAAUUUACACAAAGUAAGUGCUUGGCCAGUGCAGUGUAAUAUGGGAAUGUAGACAUCACAUGCGACCAGCCUCUGUCGCCUUCUGUUCGUGCAGGGUGUGGCCGUUGUUGCUGAAAUCUGGGCAUCGAUAAAGAGUACAUGUAUUGAAGAAAUACAGAUAAACAAUACGGCGGUUUCAGUUUGCUGCAAAAUACUGAUUUGAAUGUAAAUGUUUCAACGAUAGUUUAAAAGAAAUGUUAACUGAGUCGUGGUGCCUUGAGAGUAUAGAUCCCCCCCCGGCAGUCGUCCAAAAAAAGAUGUCGGAAAAUGACGCAUUAAACAACCUGGGACGUUUAAACACCUCUGAAACUGAGUGAAUCUUAAGAGCAAAAUUAAUAACUGACAUGAACUAAUGUAAAUCGCGAACCAGAAGUCCAUUUGUUGGUGCAUUUUCUUUUCUUGAACCCUUGUAAAAAGUUAAUUCAAAACUACGCGGUAAUCUUAACCUCCUGAUAAUUGACAAGGAAACAUUUAUUGUCUUGAUUUAUUCACCUUAAACUUUUCAUUCAACUUGUUGCAGGUAUUUUUUUCGUCUUCAUACCAUGUCAUCACAUCCUCAGGUAAUCUAAUCGAUUAGUUCCUGUUAUAUAGCAGUUUUAUGCAUAUAGCCUGGCCUGCAUAGUGAACAUUCUCUUUUUCACUGCUUAGACUUGCAACGGGGGACUGUGAUUUCCGUGUCACAUCAUCUUGCAUGUAAUUAUAGGCUGCUAGUCAGCUCUCGCGAUUGUUACCGGCGGAGAUAGCUUGUGGGAAAGCUUUGCACCCCGUGGGGUGAGCCGGGUUUUGGAGGGUAAAGAGCUACAGCAUGAUCUGUAACUCCAAGGUAACUGAGCUGUUGGCCCGAGCCGAAAACGAGUAUCAACAAGGACAAGAAGUUUUAUCUCUCAGUCUCCUUCUCUCUGCAAACUUGACUUAAAGGAAGAUCUGUUUACAAAUAAAAUCAAAUCAUUAUUGUGGGGGAUUUUUGGAAACUGUUGCAAACGUGGCAGUGUUAUCUCUUUCUUUUUGUUUUUACUGCCCUGUAUCACGAUGCAGCGAAAGUCGAUGAUGCCAGAUUAAAUCAAUGGUUAUUCUUUGGUUCUUUAUGCUAAGUGUUGUUCGUCCCACGGGUUAUUAAUCAUAUUGUCUUCACCCAGUCCAUGUCGUUCAUUUUAUAGGGAAUUUUAUCACUUUGUGUGCUAUUUGAAAAUCAUCUUCAAACUCACGAGCCUGCGUUGUUUUAUCACCUCAAGGAAGUUGGAGCUCAUCCGUAAGUAGCCGAACUAACAAUCAAGGGGUUAAGCAUCGAAGUUAGAGCAAAUUUACAAAAAAAAAGGGGAAAAAUGUGGCAAUAAAAUGGCCACAUGGUCAUCUCUGCCGUGACGCUCAACCUCUUUUAUAUUCUCGGUUAUCACAUGACGUCACCAAAAUUCAAACUAAGAAACUAUCGAUAUCUUCUGAGUUUCUACUUUCACGAGGCAUUACAGCCCCUAAAAACCUUUAUUACUGGGCUGCCUUUGGUAGGCCCAGUCGUUAUUUCGGUUUUUGGUCGGCUUCAAACAAAAACGAACACCCGGGGAAGGAAACACACAAGGUCUGGGACCGAGAAACGGUGUUCUCACAAGUUGUUUCAUACGAUUUUCUCUUGCACGAAUAUUUUUGUUUCUUUUUUGUUCGUUUCAAAGCAUUUUCUCGGAUAAUUUUCUCUAUUCCUUUUGGAGCAUCCAGUCAUCAAAUUGUUGACAAAAGGAAUGUAACUGACUUUUCUUUUCAAGCUUUCAUAACUGAAUUCAAAUUUCGCUGUAACCUGGGUUAACUUGACCCCAUUAGUAGCAACCCGGCCAAGCUGUUUGAUUACAACCUUCACUAAAACUAUCUUUAGUCAAAUUCACAUAUCUCGGCCAUCGCUCCUAGACUCCCUCUUUGACUUAUUAUUAUUAUUAUUUUCAUGAAUUGUGACGGACCACGCUUGUUGAAAGCAUGUAGUGUUGUGCGUGCACCAGUUUCCUCCAUUCUUGCGGAAAAUGAUAAGCGAGAGAAAGAUUUAUGUCAAAUGCUACGUUAUGAAAGCAGAGGGAAACUUGCGUUACCUCUUUUGAAGUUUCUAUUACAAAAUAAUAAAAAGCAAACUUACUUCCCUUACUUUUGUACUGCUUGCAUACUUUGUAUUUCCUGAUUUUGUUCCAGACUUCGUUUGGCUUUCAACUGGAUAAUCUACGCUUUUGCAGGCUAUUUAAACACAGAGCAGGUAAGCAGUGGUUUUUAAUUAAGCUAUCGUGUUACGUAUCACAGAAAUUCUCUAUCAUACUCUGGAAUGUUAAAAAAAAACUCGGUACCGUAAGCAACUAGAUCUGGUCACGACAAAUCUGUAAUCGCUAGCGAUAACAUCGACUUUAUCAGAGCAACUUUUAAAAAUAGUCCUCUUUGUUCGUUAAUCUUUAUUGGAUCUAGGGGGUUGUUAAAAAGAGGGUUGUUUUGUUUAGCUAGCAAAGACUAGCAGUUUUUGAAUAAAGUUGAUUGACUAGUUGAUUGAUUGAUUGAUUGAUUGAUUUGUUCAGUUGGGUGAUUGACUUACCGAUCUUAUCAACAGCUGCUUCUUCUGUGGGACAGGAUAUUCGCCUACGACUCAAUGGAAUUACUAGCAGGUGUGUUCAUUGCCUCUUGCAUAACCUGAGAAUCUGAGUCUUUGGUUGCUGAUUCCUGCAACUCUGAUAAACUUUCGUGUUAUAUUCGAACGUUUCAAAAAACAAAAACCUUUCUGAUUUUCCAUUCAUAUCACCUUGAGUUCAAACCGGCCGCCUUCUGCAACUACCUUUACUCCAAAGAUUGGACCCACUGUCAGUCAGCUCUACACUCGCUCCAAACAAUUACGUGUUGCAGUUUGUAUUCUCAGAUAAACGCCAUAUUGUUCUCCAUACAGUGAGCUGAAUCUCCGUCACUUCUCUUUUGUUUUUAUUCUCCGCUCCUCAUUUCGCGUUGCUCCCCACUAUUGAGAUGGGACUUCAAUAUCGGGAGAAUUUUGAAAAUAUCAAAGCAUUUUUAAACUGCUCAGUUGGCAGCGUGCUUGUCCUGUAAAGCAGAGGUUUUCGGAAUGGAGAAAAGAAGGUACGGAUUUAGCCUUCGCGUGGCUCGAAUGAUCAGGCGUUCUGACCCGGCUAUCCCAACUCCAGCAGAGGGUUUAAAAACACUGUCCUCAGUUACUAAUUAGUGCUCACAUUUGAUGCUUAAUUAAGUCGUAUUUGAUCGCAUUCUCAUUACCUUCGUUUUUCACAAAGCAGUCCGCAUUUUAUGUGGAAAAUUUACAGUAAUCGGGGCUCGCUCUAACGACGCUGCUGAUAUCUUAUCGGUUUCCCAGGGUGACCGCAAAAUUGCGACAGUCAUGGAAUGAUUUCACUAAAUUUCGUUUCUCGUUGUUUUGUUUGCUUGUUUCCAGUUCUGGCGAUGGCGAUCUUGUCUUACCGUCGGACAAAUCUGCUAGAGGUAACUAACCUACAGGCAGCCCAGGUUUGUGGUCUUAUCGUAUGUUAUUAAUCAUACUGAAAUAAUACCUUUUUGCUUUAUUCGUUUGCAUGAGUAAAAAAUGUGGAAAAGAAUGAUAACUCCAGACCUCAUUCACUCUCUCUAUUUUCCCUCCUAAAGAAUAAGUUUUCUUAUACCGUUAUUACUUUCAUUACAGGGUUCAAAAUAAUUUUUGGAUAGUGGCCGGUCAUGUUGACCACCAUAACAAGUUUAAACUCGGUCUUGGCUCUUUCUAGUCUGCUACACAGCCGUUUUUAGUGUCGUCACGCAACGCUCCUCCGUUUGUGGGGAGGAGCGUUGCGUGACGACACUAAAAACGGCUGUGUAGCAGACUAGGCUCUUUCCUGACCAGUCAAAUUCACAAAGCCACAGAAUGAGACCGUUAGACGAAUUUAUAACUGCAAGCGGCUAAAAUAUUUUAUGAUUAACUGUUUUUGUGAUUUACAGAAUUAAUGUGAAUAAAUCUAUUUUCCCGGGUAUUUAUUUAAAGCCAUGCACUUGACCGGUCAACAUGACGGGCCAACUGAAAGUUUGUCAGGACAAAUGGUCAUCUGACCUCAUCUUGGCCGGACAUUAAUAUUGUCCACACGUCGGCUGUUGUUUUGAGCCCUGCAUUAUCAUUAUUGUCAUUAUUGCUGUUAUUAACUUGUCAUUUUCUUAAUAUUUGUUUAAAACGGAACAUAUUUAGUGUAGACGCUUCGCAUUGUAUGCGUUUCUUCGUUGCGUGAAUGUUUUGAUGAAAUUAAAGAUGGCUGGCGGCCACCUUAGUACGAACAUAAACCAGCGGCUUUAGCUCGCCCAAAAAUACAACUGGAUUGGAGGCUAAAACUAGGACGCAAAGAGACGCAAAUCACACCUUAUUCACGAUACCCGCCAUUUUUGCACGCGCUUAAGGACCAAUGGAAUACAAGCAAUGUCACGUGGUUUCUCAAGGGACAAACAAGUGAUAAAAUCUGUCAAUACAAGAAAUCGCUGUCGAGUUUGUUUGGUGCGGUAGACAUCGGAAAAUGGAGACCUUAUUACCUGAAAGACGAUAAAGACAAAUUAUGGGUGGAAAUGAUCAUCGUUACUUGUAUGGAUGCAGUAGCGACGGCCUAGAUGUCCUCAUAGCGAGGAAAAAGCCGUAACUUGUCGAAACUCGAACUGUCCAUGAAUUUUGCAAGACUGAAAUUGUCGCAUCUUCUUAAGAGAACAAAAAAACUUUUCCGCGAUUUCUCGUAUUGGCAGAUUUUAUCGCUUACUUUCCCCCUGAAAUACCGCAUGACAUCACUUUUAUCCCAUCCAUCCUAAAGAGCCGGCAGAGACGGCGGGUAUCGUGAAUAACGUCUAUUGGGUCGUAAAUUAGGGACUGUUUACAUGGAGGUGGGGGACGUCAGAUAGGUGAGGUAACAUGCGGCGGGUCACCCCACCUAUCAUGUUAAGGUGAUCAAAUUAAAAUGAGAGAUUAUAUGGAAAGGUGAGUUACCCCAGCUAAGCGGGUUACCUCACCUACCUGGGGUCACUCAACUCCAUGUAAACAGGACCUUAUAGACUGUUCUGUUAGCUCAGUUGGAGUUCAAACCCCGGCCGGACCAACACUCAGGGUUUUUAAAUAACUGUGUCGAAAGUGCUGCCUUGUUAUGACAUCUGCAAACUUAGACUUUCUAGUCCUCUCGGACGAUAAACCGUAGGCCCUGUCUCACAACCGUUGCUCAUAUAAAUUCUGUAGGACGUUAAAGAACCCACGCACUGUUCGUAAAGCUGGAAUAGGGGACGUAGGCCUUGGUGUGGUGGUCUAUCUCUCAUGGGGAAGGGACUGUUACGGGCCCGCAGUAAUUGGCCUCAUGCGCUGUUGCGGUGACCCUGCCAGAUUUGGCAAACCUAAGUGAAUAAAUAAAGUAGCAAAUGGCAGUUUUAAACGAUGACUUUAAUGAUGUUGUUAAUAAUUUUCUCUUCACAGACGGUGCUGGCAGACAUCUCAACUCUUAACGCGGUCGCUUUAAUACAGUACGUAUUGUUUGUGAAGCAGUAGCCAAGGCUGUUAUGUGGAUACGUCCAAUCACAAGACUAGAAAGCCGUCACCUGGUUUAACCUUGAAUUUGCAGGUUCCAGUUGUUUCCCGCCAUAAUUUCCUGGAUCUACGGCAACUAGCGUUCUGUAGUUUAUCCGGCGCAAUAAUGUACAGCAACCGGGUCCCCGUGAAAGCUGUUUUUCCUGCUAUAAUUUACUGCAUUCCAUAAAGACACUGUUUCCUCUCCGCAAAAAAAAUUACUAUUUGCGUUGUCAUUCUCGGCAUAAAAAAAGCUGCUCAAGGCAUCCAAUGCCAUAAAUCAAAUUGAGUUUUUUUUUUCACAGUAUCGAAAUUCUUUGCAAUAGAUCUUUGAAGAAUUUCUCGAUCCGAUGGACAAUAAGUACGUAAUGUUCUCCACUAUUAUUUUAUUAUGAACCGUAAUAUACGAGAAGUUGUCACAUCCUGUCCGAAGUUGUCAAAUGGUGGAGGUGGAAAGCUAUUACUCCUUUAACCGUCAUUGAUAAAUGAUCAUGCAGUCCUACAGCUUAAAAAAAUUAUGUACAUCAUCGUGGCCCUAUUUCAUAUUCCAUUUCAUUUGACCUCGGCUGUAAAAAGAUUGUGUAAAUACCUAGUUUAGUAUUUAUUUGAAAAGUGCUACCUUUCUUGGUAACUCAUCCGUUUCUUAGAAGGUGUGCUUUAAAUGUAAUAAAAGAAUCAAAGUAAUAAACAAUAGUGUAACCAGUUUUUAUGUUAUUUACAUUUAAAAAGAAAAAAGAGAAUUCAAUAUAAUGUACUUACUAAAAUCUUGCGUCUUAGUUACUUGUUACAGAAAAAAAAACCACCACACGAGCAUCGGCCUUUUCACAAGAUUUCAUUUGUUUUACUUUACUUCUGCUCGUCAUUUCUUUUUUUUUUCUCUAAUCGUGUAAAUAUUUAUUAACAAGUAGUCGGUUGACGGGGCUUCUGAGAAAUACUCUUCCCCUUGGUGUUUUUUUUUUCUAAAAGACGAGUACAAGCUUAUUGAAGACAUUUAACACUAGAUUAAGAUAGAAGACAGGUAUUCUUUAAAGUAAGACUGGUUUCUUUCUCGUUAACUAAUGAACUAAACUGAUGCUUAUAUAUUCAUUCCUUUAUUGAUUGUGUACACCACCCCACAAGGUGUGUUUUGUUUAGUCCGACAACAAAAACAAUGGUGUAAUCCAUUUCUUUGUUAGUAUUGUUUAUACACCGCAUGCCAAGACGAAUAUACUUAGCAGCCACUUAUAGAAAUGCCCUGUACAGCAUGACAACAAAGUUUAGUGGAAUACGAAACUAACCUAGCAACAGGAGUUCAGCUGCUUCCCUUUGACCAAAAUAUAUUUACUUCCCAUGUGAAAGACAGUUUUUUCACCUCUUGACACAAUUGGCGUGCUAUAGAACCAAUUUUAGAAGGGUACAAAGAGUACUAUCGUUAGACGGCGUUCGCGUUUCAGAGCGUGCUGCUUUAUUCAUCGGCGAGGGUUAUCGCAGCUUUCGUCAUGAGGAGUUUCACAACUUCGGAUACAAGUAAGUUGCGAUGUCUCGUUUAUCCCUAUGUUUUUAAUAUUAAGAGUUUUUAGGAUCUGUCGUAUGGAGUUUAGUAGGUCGUAAGGUCAGGGAGACAAAAAAACGACAAGGGUUUUCUAGCAGUUCAAAUUAAGAUAACCUAUGCAGGAAUUAAAUCUUGCUUUUAUUUUGUAGCAAUUCAUUCAGCUCGUUUAUAACUUUGUUACACCCUAGGGAUCUUGUUGUUAUUAUUUCAGUUCCUUUGCGAUAGUUUAAAUUUAUAUCCGACAAGCUGCUUAUAAGAGCUCGACCAAAUGAGCUUUGUUGAAUUGUAAUUAACAUGCAACAAUUUAUUUUGCGUUGAUUUGCACAACUUUAUUUUCCUGCCAAAAUGUCUGUAGCACAAUAAUGAUUUUUUUUUCUAAUACUGAAAGAAAAGGUUCUUAAAAGAAAUAUGAAAAGGGAGGAAAUUAAGCUAGCUUAUCUUGCCGUCGUCAAGCUGCCUUACGAAAAUAAGUUAAUCGUGUUUUUUAUCUAUAUUUAUUUCUAUGAUUUUUUCCCCUAUCUGUAGAUUCACAGGAUAUUCAGGUGGUUUCAUCUGCUUUUGUGACUACCUACACCAAGGAAUAUACGGGAACCUUUGGACAACCUGCUCCAAACGCAAGGUACCACGUCCACACAGUCCUUUUGGCAAGAGAAAAACGCGCGAGAAAAUCCUGCGUGUAAAGAUACGCGCGCAAGUGCGCAAGGAGGUGUUUGUCACAGGCGUUCAGGGGGAAAUCACUGAAACUGUCAACUCUUUCAAUGCUACGUUGCUUCACAGCCAGGCAGAGUUUUUUUCCCCCUUUUUUUUUCUUUUAAGGGCGAACAUUUUACUUUGAAAACACAACAUCGUUUGUUCAAAGACAUUGCUCCAAAAUAAAAAAAAUUUUCCGUCCUCCCCUAGACAAAUAUUUUGUCCAAUAGAUUCACCAGGACCUGCAUCUACCCCUCUCCUAACACGACAUUUUGCCCUGAGUGAGAAGUUAGUGUUAGGGAAGGUGUAAAGGCUACGAUCCAGGCCAUACUGAGUAAAAAUGUCUACUGGGGCAUUCCGUUAAGCUUUGGUUUCAUUAACAUUACAUUGUAUUGUGCCUCUUCAGAGUACGAACAUCCCGCUUUUAUCCACCUGGAAAACCAGCCGUGAACUCUACCUACAAGACCCAUUAUCCUAGUCAUCAGAGUAAGCCCCGUAUAAAGGUGCCUUUUGGCACGUCCUCAGGAUAUCGGAACAACAACCCUCAUCCUCACAACAUGGAACAAGUGUUCAACCAUCCAGCAAAAGUAAGUCAAAACUCAAUCCGUUUCGAUUUUUCAUUUUUUUCCUCGUGGGCCAAAUUGCUUUAAAUAUCUUUUAAAAUAUUACGGGGGCUUCGAAACGAAAGGAUUUUCAUCCAGGACCGUGCUGUUCAAAGUUGAGUUUAAGAGUUGAAAACCCAGGUUUAGUGCAACAUUUGACUGAGUUCAAAUAUGAAAGCUUAAAAAGCAAAUGUAGUUUAAUUCCUUUGUCUUAAUGAUUCGAUGCUCUAAAAAGAAUAGAGACAAUUAUACUAGAAAAGGCCUUUAAACACACAAAAAGAAAACCGAAUCCCCGAUUUAACUCCCGGGUUAGCGCUAAAAGCGGGGCCUUUGAACAACUGGGCCAAGACAAUACCUACCGUUUUAUGCAACCGAGCCUUGACUCCGCACCGAAAAGCAGCUUUUUCCAGUCCUACAGCUGUUAACCUGUAAUCAAACAGAUUUUCAUGCGCUACGUCUCAUCAACACGGAUCCUUGACUCCGCAAUGAAAAGCGGCUUUUUCCAGUCCUACAGCUGUUAACGUGUAAUCAAACAGAUUUUCAUGCGCUACGUCUCAUCAGCUCUAAUCGUAGCAAGCAGAAAUUGUCAAAACAGCGUUUACAGCCACAGUUACGAACUGACCAACUCGCCUCUCUUUUUAGGACUACUUCGUAUGGUCUCAUUACCAAAAGUUACCUCCAGUGGGCCGUCAAACACAUGCCCUAGAAGGAUCCAACAGCUCCGAGCUCCUUAAGCAAGUGUGCCAAGAUAAGACACGGUCCAUUUAUCAACAGGAUUAUGUUCUUCCUAUCCAAGGUGAGUAGUGUGUGUUUAUGUUCUUCAGUUCUUCUAGUUCUUUCUCACGCUUGGAUAUAAACUUCCUAUCUGAGGUGACUGAAAAAAAGGUAAUGAAAUGCUUGACCCUCAGUUAUGUUAUAAUUGCCCCUGGUUGUAGAUAUCGGAAAUUACAAAUUUUCAUACCAAAGUUUAAUACGGGAACAGACAACUUAUUAGGAGAAAGAAAUGAAAUAAAAUGAAAAUAGAGCAAUAUCUCUAUUAAGCGCUUAAUAAAUGGUAUCAUGAAAGAAAUAUGAAUAAUGGCAGUGUACAGGCAAUAUAUGAUAAAUGUUUUAACUACCUCAGAACUAACGCUUUUCUUUUCUUUUCUUUUUUUAUUUGUUGCCAGACGUACCCAUGUCAAGUCACAGCGGAGCCAAUGGUAUAUUACAUCUUCAAAGAUGACAACGAUAUUCAUACUUUUUUAAUGAGCUCGUGCAACUUAGUUGUAGGACAAUGUAAAAAGGAAUAUUUUUUUUGCUGUUGAUGAGCAAUACUCGACUCAAUUUUUUGUUCGUGACACAAGAAUAAGCAAACAAGAAUCUUUGCUUUUAAAACGGUGGCAAUUUUUUAAAAAGCAAAGUCAGCAAUAUGAAAUGCGUUGAGAGCUCAAAUCAUAUAUGGACCGGGUUAGAAAGCGCGGAAAAACUGGAUAAGCAACCGUGACCGCUAGUCUGCUUCACCGGACCGCGAUUCACAGCCGUUUUAAGUGUCGUCACGCAACGCUCCUCCCCACUCUAAAACGGCAACAAAAGUAAACUCUGUAACUCAGUGAGGUGCAUUAAUUUCAGCACUGAAUACGAAGUCUGUAAAUGAAGCGUGUAUUGCACUUGUUGAAUAAUAAUUAUAUCCUAACGCCAGUAAAGUAAUUUAUACAGAGACUUAAUUGGUUUGUACACGUAAUCUCGUCUUUUGUGUGCAAGUACACAUUUCAAGCUUUUGAAGAGUACUGUGCAAACAACACGCCAAAUACAUUGUUUUCUGUUCCUCAGGGUGAGAAGCAAUAAAGUCAAUAAACUUGUAAAUAUUUGUUUAACUCUGUUUGCCUUUUUCUCAAGGGAAUUGCCAAAUAAUGCACAUGUUAAGUGGACGUUUGCGCGCGGGUCCACUGCGCUCUGAAUUUUGAAAUCUUCUGAGUUUGCUUACAUUCUAUCUUGAAUUCUCCAACCUUAAUGAGGGAUUCAUAUGAAUUUGAUUUAGGAAGCCUAGUUUUUGCUUUUUUGUUUUUAGUUUAGUCUUGAGACAGACAUAACUAAAUUUAUUUAAAUAUUUGAGAGUGAAAAAGUUUGCGUUUCGUGUUAAUUUUUAACUCAGUGAGACUCAAUCAUUAAAACAAGUUAUGUUUGGUUUUAAACUUGUGAUCAUUCAAGGAAACGUUUAUUAUAAAUAAGGCCCUUUAACAUUUUACUUUUGAGUAAAGUUUCGUUAUUUGCAAAAGAAGAGUCGCACAUCUUUUGUUGGAUAAGUGAAAAGAUCAUUAGAUAACCAAUCAGAGUUACACGUUUAUCAGGGGAAUUAGCCGUUUGUUCAAGGAAACCGUGGAAACGACGACAAUGAAACGAUAAACGUAAGCUACCUGCUACGUGCCUCAAAAAUACCGGUAUUUGAAAUUCAGGUGAGCGAGUUUUGCUUUAAAAGAGUUUGACUUUUGUUGAUCCUGUUUUCCCUAACAGCGUAUUUUGUAGUGGUGUUCUUUGAUUAGCGACAUCAAAGCAUAACGCUAACACUGAAAACAAAGGCUUGAUAUUGUACACACUGGAUUGAAGUGAUAACAACUUCUUAAAUAAGUCGAAAACAAGUUAACACUUCUUAUAUUGUAUACUUAACUUGUAAAGUAUUUUUCACGAGAAAACUGAGCAACGUUAGUAACUUUCUUUGGAUCUCUUCUUGUUCUUUAAAACUGGCUUGCUAAGAAAGGUUUUUAGGUGCGAACCCCUAGGACUUUCCAUGCUUCACCAAAACAUUAUAGUCUAAUAUCACAGCAAAAAGUUAUUGAUUCAUAUGCUUUUACAUAUGUUCAGCAGUUUAUUAGUUGCAGAAGUAAAUUUACAAUUUGAUUUAUCUCUAAUCAUGAAUGUUUUAUUCACUAGAUGGACUCUUGAACAAGGAAGUUGAUUGUUGGAAACAGUUUGGAUUGAUUGCUGUGUACAGUACCAUGUGACAUGCCUUUUCAAGGCGGGAGAUAUCUACCUCCUAUAGGUAAAUAACUGACUUACUAUAUAUAUGUAUAAUCCUAUAACUAACUUACACACCGUAUGCCGGAACUCAGAUGUGACUCUUCGGCAUCUAAAUACUUGAAAUAUAUUUUUGUUUAUGUUACUUUAAAUAAUCUCUUGAUAAUCCGAAAUUGUGCCAGAGAACUGAACUUUAUGGCUUGACACGCCGAAAAGUCUUUUUUCAAACCGAAAAUAACACCUUCCAGCACGUGGGAGUCUAGCCGUUUUGAAAUGAAUAAUUAUGCGGUGAGAUGCAAUCUGGUGCAUUUUGAGAAAUGUUACAUUGUGUACACUGACCUCGUCGCGUCUGGAUGAUUUUUCCAAUAUAGUUACUAAUCUACUGUAAUUAUAACAAUAUUUUUUAGGGGGAAGCUGGGCAUUUGGGGGGAGGGGGAGUUUUUACCCCUCAAACACCCUAGAUAGAACCCUGGUGUUGAACCGUACAACUAGCGGAAGGUUUUUUCAGUUUUUACUGUAAAUGGGCUAGGUUUAGUAGGUUUUGAAUGAAUAAAACUUUAGCGCAUAACGUUCAAGAACUAUUUUGAAGUAACUGGGGUAGCUUGUGAGAGAAGAUACCUGUGAAGCAAAAGAAGAUGGCAAAGCGUGUGCUCUCGCAGCCGGCUAGAUAAAGAUAGUUAAUAAUGUUACCUGCAAAGUUGGUCAUUUUAAUUACUAUAAGGUGUUUGGGUCUUUUCUACAGAAGUCAAAAUAAUUUUGACAAAUAUAAAAUGAAAAUGCUCUAUUGAACGGCAAUAUCUUAAAGCUUCUGACUUUAAACAGUUUAAUGAAACGUGAUGUGGGGACCUAAAACGCCAAAUUUGUGAGCAUAAAAAAAGCAUUCUGCCAUUUGAAAAAGAAAAAUCAUUUCCUCUCUCUAGGGAUAUUAUCUUUACAGUGAAUCCCCAUUGUCAAUCGAAGUGGCCGAUAACAACCUCGUUUCCGCUAUGGGCGUUUCGCCUCUAAGUUGGGGAAAAACGAGGUUGCGCUUUAUCGAUGAAGCACACGCUGAACGGUUGACUUUGAUCAAAUAGUAAUGUUACAUAAUACUAAGGCGUUGUUUUCUCAGGUUUUGGUUACUUUUCUUUUGUAGCGACUCCCAUACUAUCAACAUACCAAAAGGACUUCAUCCGCCAGUCUGUGACUCCACAGAAAUCAUUCAAACACAGGUCAACUGGUAACCUGCGUGAGUAUUUCAAUACCCUCUCACGUUUUUCAAGUCGAUGGUUAUCUCAAAUUAUAUUGCAAAUAAAUUGUCAGUCAAUGACUCAUUUUCUAGCCCGCUAGGUAGGCUUAAUAGUCUGCUCUGUCAGAGAAUAUCCAAAGAUAACGACAAGGUCUCUUUUGGAGGUAAACUAUAUUGGGGGUUUUUGCGAUAACGUCUUGUCGGCACGUCCUGCUAUUAGAAAAGAAAACAAAUUAAUGAUGAUGAUGACGAUGAUUAUGAUGAGAAACUAUUGCAAAAUAUAAAUACUUUUCAGUUAAAUAUAUACUCUAUUUGCUAUCGCGUUUCAGCUCCAAUAAACUACUCGCGACAUCGUACAGUAAGUACAGAGAGUAAAUACAGUACAGAGUUUCAAGGAUCGUUUGGACCACCUGCUCCCAGCGCCAAGUAAGUCACAUUGUGCUCGCUAAAUCACAUGUUGAGCUACACUGAGCUCUAUUUCAAAACACCAACCCCUAGCAGUCACUUCGUCACUACACUGUGUAAGAACAUGGUAGAUUUUGAUUAACUAAUGUUCAAAGAGUCUCUGAAGGGCUUAGAGCUCUGUCCUCGGUUGUUUUAACGUUGGAUAGCGGUAUUUGUAUACGUAAUAGCAUAAUUUGUAGUGAUAUUUGGCAUAAAUACCACCAGUGAUAUUUCGAAAUUGUUAUACGUAAAUCUGAGACAAUUUUGAAAAAUCACGAGUGGUAUUUAUGUCAGAUAUCACGUACAAAUCAUGCUAUUAUUUGUUUAUACUACUACCCGCAAAGGUUUUAAAACUUUCACGUGUAGGUAUUUCAAAUUAAGCUGAAAUACCACUGCUAUAAGCCAAUCAAAUUGACGAAAUUUCUCAUGUAGUAGUAUACAUCGGAUAAAACACAACACAACGAAUAUGUAUUAGGAAGGCCAGUUGUAUUAUAUUUAGGAUUAAGAUUUAUCCAGUGGAAAGCGUAAUCCACCUUUCCAACAACUUGGGCCUGAAGGUAACCAAUACUUCGGCUUGUAAUCAGAUGUUGCGACUCUCUCUAUUAUUUUUUCACAUGUAUCAAAUGUAAAAUUCUCGGGAACGAAAUUCACCACUCCAAAACUAGGGGAAGAAUGGGUACAAGGUUCCGGGGCAGAGAUUUGUGGGAUCGUUUUGUUGAAUAAGCGUUUGUUGUUAUCUAGUUAAUGGUUGCCUAGAUACCAACUACCAAUUAUAGCAAACGCUUUUCCACCCAAAGAUCCCACAAAUGGUUGCGCUUACUGCUUGUGCCCACUCUCCCCAGUUCAGUUAAUACAAUUUCUAAUACCCCGUAGUAAAAUCGCGUUAACCGGAAAUAGAACUAGCCUGUUCCAGGCGUUCAGAGGGGACGUCGCAGAGAAAUGUGAGCAAGAAAAAAACAGCCACUCUCCACUUUUGAACGCCUUGGGAGGCUAAAGUAAAACAUGCCUGCUGUUUAUCGCUAAAAUUCGCCCUUUUUGAUUAUUUUGCUUAGAGCUAACGCUUUUUUCCCCCUUUAUAAGGUUGUCUGCUUAGUUAUCUUAUAAAAUAUGCGGCUAUCCCUAGUUUUAAUAACCAGUGCUGAGGUCCCCGGAUUUAUCUGCGUGGCCAUGAGCGGUAACAAUAUCCUUGUAUAUGGUAAACCUUUACAGGCGACCUUGCACAAAACUAAUGAUUUAUUUUUCGGAAUGCAUUUCUUUCAGACCUCUUCCAUAUGAAUAUCCAUCAAAGGACCCCUUUGGAACAUCAACGUACAGGGCAAAUUUCAGAAAGAGCAAUGACCCAAAACAAGGGACCCUUCCCACGUCCCCGCUGCGGAAAAACAACCCCCAUCCCCAGAGUAUGACAAACGCUUUUAAUUUCCCUAACAGGGUGAGCAUCUCUUCUUGA